AUGCCGGGCCCCAACGUUGCACGUGGCCGGAAUGACACGCAGUUGGCCCAGAGUAUCGUCGGCUCAGAUUUUCGGGACCUUAAGUACGAGGUCAGUGUAUCAUCGGCAAAUCACAGCCAUAACCCGGGUGUGCUUAGUCUUGAAAGCCCUCAGAAACAGCCCGUUCGGAGACCGUCCGAGGAGGUUACCCAAGGGGCACAAUUGGGAAUUCGGAAGGCCGAAGCAGCCGCUCUCGCCUGGAGUAAGAAGACAGCUUAUUUGGCCUAUGCAUUGGUCUGGCUUGGCUUCUUUAUGCUAGCCCUACAGUCCGCCGUCAGUACCAAUGUUAUCCACAACGCAUUCGCCCACUUCGAAGAAGCGCCCGCGGUCAGUACAUCGAGUAUUGUGGCGAGCGUGGUCAGCGGAGUCGUCCGGCUGCCUGCUGCAAAGCUCCUGAAUAUAUGGGGCCGUCCAGAGGGCCUUCUUCUGUUUGUCGCGAUUUACCUACUCGGGUUAAUCAUCCUAGCCUCCUGCAACAGCCCAGCCUCCUUUGCCGUCGGUUAUGUCCUAUAUUGGGUCGGAUAUGACGCUAUUUUUCUCAUUCUCGAUGUCUUUAUGGCCGAUACAUCUGGACUGCGCAACCGAGCAUUUGCAUUUGGUUUCGCCAGCACCCCGUUCAUCUGUACCGCAUUUACGGGUCCCAUCGCGGCGCAAUCAUUUGUGAAUCACACGGGAUGGCGUUGGGCCUACGGGUCCUUUGCCAUUGCUCAGGCUUUUGUUUUCCUUCCGUUGGUCGCAGUAUUCAAGUUCUAUCAGCGCAAGGCCGAGAAAAUGUUCAUCUUCGUGCGGGAACCAAGCGGUCGCACAUGGCAGCAAUCCGUGGUCUUCUGGGUCAAUGAAUUUGACGUGAUCGGUACCAUCCUCCUCACCGCUGCCUUCCUAUUAGUCCUUCUUCCCUUUAGCUUGCAAUCCUACGGCCAAGCCGAGUAUAAUAGUCCGAUGUUCAUCGCCAUGCUCGUGAUCGGUGUUCUUCUCUUCCCUGUCUUUGCCUCCUGGGAGCGAUAUGGGACCGCGACACCUUUCAUUCAGUUCGAACUAUUCAAGGAACGUACUGUUCUGGGUGCCUGUGUCGUGUCGGCCAGCCUGUUCUUCAGUUACUAUGCAUGGGAGCUCUAUUUCUAUAACUUCUGUAUGGUGGUCUACGGGCUCAGCGUCAGUGUGGCGGGAUAUGUCGGGCAGAUCUAUAAUGUAGGGUCCUGCUUCUGGUCAGCGGUCUUUGGCAUUCUGGUCUACGUUACGAAACAGUUCAAGUACAGCUGCUUAGGCUUUGGGCUACCACUAGUGAUGCUGGGCGCUGGGCUGAUGAUUCACUUUCGAUCCGCUGGCGGAAAUAUUGGAUACAUUGUUAUGUGCCAGAUUUUCAUCUCUUUCGGUGGUGGAACGCUAGUCAUCGGUCAAGACAUGGCGGUCAUGGCCGCCUCCGACCGUGAAGGCGUCCCGAUGAUGCUAUCGAUGAUCGGACUGUUCUCCAGUUUGGGAGGUGCGAUCGGUAAUGCCGCAUCAGCGGCUAUUUUUUCGAAUACGUUUCCUGCCGCACUCCGGGAUGCUCUGCCUGCUGAGAGCAAGUCCCAAUACAUGGACAUCUAUCUGGGAGGGUACCUGAAACAGCUUCACUACCCUGCUGGGUCGGACAUUCGAGACGCUAUCAAUCAGGCCUAUGGGGCUUAUAUGAAGUACGGCUGCAUCACAGCGGUGGCCGUUAUGGCCGUCGGGCUUCCGGCGAUCGCCAUGUGGAGGAACUACAGGGUGGACAAGAAGCAGAAUAAGGGCGAAAUGAUGUGA